AUGAAAAUAUGGUCUUUUGGUGAUGAUGGUGACCUGGGCGGCGUUGGCAGCAACAGCAGCAGCAGCAGCAGCAGCAGCAGCUCAGCUGUUGGGUGGCUGGCAAAGAAGCUUCAAAGCCUUUGGGGAGAGACUCCAAGGGAAACGGAAGACGGACAGAGCAGGACGAACUCGAGGCCAGGCCAGUGGGAAAAAGGAGGAAAACAAGUGGAACAGCCCGUCUUCUUGUGCUCCGCAUGUCCCGCUCUCCAGCGCCUUUGGCGAGGCGCGGCGCUCUCGUCGGCACCAAUGAGGAGAAUGCUGGGCAUGAGGGAGCAUGCUUGGCAAGAGACAAUCGCGGGCAUGGCACGGCAGCGUGGCAAGCAGUUGAUGAUGGGCGGAGAACGCCAAGGAACGCAUCAGCGAAAGGGCAGCAGACAAACGCAGAUGAAAAUACAGCACUCCUGGCGUGCCAUGUAUGGUGGUGGUGUGCCCUCCCAGCCCUGA